AUGUCUGCUAUAUGUAGGGGUGUAAACAUAGGGACUCCGGUGGUGCUUGAACUUUCCAAUCUUUCAUGCGCGGAUGUGUGGCCUUUGAUUCCCUAUUUAAACCUAGACAUUGUUCAGGCAGAGAUUGCACGCCAAGAAGCAAGGCUGAAGAUGGAGAGAGAGAACCUUGAGAAGGAGAAAAGUGUGCUGAUGGGAACUGCAUCAAAUCAGGAUAACCAAGAUGGCGCUCUUGAAAUCACUGUAAGUGGGGAGAAGUACCGAUGCCUCAGGUUUGCUAAGGCAAAGAAGUGA